AUGCGUAACAUUGCAAAAGUGGAUCGCUACACAAAGGUACACGACCCCAACAGUGAGUGCGACCAGAAGAGGGCACCACUAGUCACUUGUGCGAAGCGAAGCGUAGCUCGCAUCCCCUGUGUGAUCUGUAGUGGAGCGCUACACAAAGAAACACAUACCUCAACAGCAAGUGCGACCAGAGGGCGCCACCAGUCACUUGGAACGUGUUGGAUUAUAGUGAGUCAGUGCAAACUCAAGCCUGCUGAGCGGGUAGGAUGCGGCGGCAUGCACCGCAUCGUGCUUCUAAUGGCGGUGCUCACACGGGCCAUCGCGCCACAAACCACUAACACAGGUCAAACGACUACUGAUCCGACUAAAUCGAUAUCCUCAACAAUGGCAACGUACCCACCAACGGUCUUCCGCAGCAUAAGGGUCACCAGUAAGCCUCGUAAACAGGGGAUGAGGCAAGGAAAAUCUGACUCACCGAUGUUAAAUUAUAUCUUUGAUUCCUACGCUACUAGUAAUAAGCAUUUUCAUGACAAAUUUCGACCUCCAUCGUUCGAAGGGACAGCGUCUGAAGACACAAUGAUCGACGCAGACACUGGAUCAACAGUCAUAUUUGAUUGUAAAGUGACUGCAUUGAGAGAUAAAACGGUUUCAUGGAUAAGAGUAUCUGAUGAUGAAAAUCUAGAAUUAUUGACUGUCGACCUCGACACACAUACAGCAGAUGCCAGGUACAGAGUGGACCUGGCCGGUGAAAAUUGGAAAUUAGCAUUAGCAGUAGCGAAAGUUCAAGAUUCAGGGGUAUAUUGUUGUCAUGUUUCAACACAUCCUCCGAUGCUGAGACGAUACAUAUUGACCGUUCAUCCACCUUCAAUUAAGAUGAGUAACGAAGCCUUCUUAGAAACGGGUGAGACGCUCUCACUAAAAUGCGCUGUAAUUAAUUUGCAUCCUGGCGAAGCCGUACCUGAAAUGCACUGGUACAGAGGAAACAGCACCGUGUCGCUAGAUGAAAUAAGAGGGGGUGUACUAAUUGAAACCGACCAUUUGACUUUGACAAGUCAUUUACAGCUGGCUCGACUAAAGUUGGACGAUGCAGGCAACUACACCUGCGCCCUGGAGUCGCCGCUACAAAUGAGGGCUACUGCCAGAGUUCACGUUUUACAAGGAUCAAGUCUGGCAGAACUGCAGAGUGGUGUUAAAACGACCACAAGCUACUUGAGUCUUUUACUCACUUCACUACUAGUAGUACUUUGUACACGCUAUGGCGACAUAAGGUGA